AGCGUGUGUAUUUCCUCCCGUUCUUUAUCAGAGCCCCCAAAAUAAGUAGGAAUGGGCAGUGGCUAUUCACAUUCAAUACACCUUUUCCAUUUGCUAAUAAGGCCCUGCCAGGCUGGGAGGGAAUUGUCCCUGCCUGCCUCUUGAGAGAGAAGCCAUUGACACCAUCUACAGGCACCAUGGAACUGCUUCAAGUGACCAUUCUUUUUCUUCUGCCCAGUCUUUGCAGCAGUGACGUCGACACAGGUCUUAUAAAUGCAAAUAUUUCUUCACCAAGUGUCACUACUACAAUAAAAACAUCUGCACAAACACCAAGCACAGAAUCAUUACAGAAUCCUGUUACCACACCAACAAUUGGAACAAUUCCUACAGGAACAACCAACAGCGAAUUACUUAAAAAGUCUCUGUUAACAGUUGCUUCAUUAACGACAAGUACAGAAGAAUUAAGAAUCACAACCACUGAUGGCAGGGAGAAUGAGUCCAUUAUUUCAAAUGUAGCAGUAACAAAUCUUGCACUUCCAAAUGCUGUUUCAACGUCACAAAGUUCCCAACACAAGACUGAGACUCAGAGUACAAUUAAAAUAAUGAAAAUACCAGGUAGCACUCUACAACCAGAUGCGUCACCUUCUAAAACUGGUACAUCACACUCGAUGCCAGCUACAAUUCCAGAAAGCACUUUACAGUCUCAAGGCACUGAGAAUGGAAAAAAUUCAAGUGCUUCAGCAGCCAGCCCGUCUUAUUCCAGUAUUAUUUUGCCAGUGGUUAUUGCUUUGAUUGUAAUAACACUUUCAGUAUUUGUUUUGGUGGGUUUGUACCGAGUGUGCUGGAAGUCAGACCCAGGCACAGCAGAAAAUGGAAAUGAUCAACCUCAGUCCGAUAAAGAGAGUGUGAAGCUUCUCACUGUUAAGACUAUUUCUCAUGAAUCUGGUGAGCACUCUGCACAAGGAAAAACCAAGAACUGACAGCUUGAGGAAACCUCCCCACACCUAGGCAAUAAUUACGCUUAAUCUUCAGCUUCUAUGCUCCAAGGGCGAAAAAGGAGAAAGUCCCGCAGAAUCAAUCUUGACUUCCAUACCUGCUGCUGGCCUGUACCAGUUGUCUAUCCCAGUAAAGUGAUGUCCAGCUCACUUGAAAGAAUUUGAUGGAAUCAAAAGAAGCCCUGGGACUUUCCUGUCCUCUGACAUUUAAAAAUUACAUUAUUCCAUUUAUAGGAGCAUUCCUAGGAAAAGGAAUUUUAGGAGGGUAAUUUGUGAGCAGUGAAUUGACAGCCCAGGAGGCAGGCUCACUGAGAGGCAUGCCUUUCCUUGAAGUUUAAAGUUUUCAGGGCCAAGAAUUUUUAUCCAUGAAGACUUUUCUUGGUUUUCUUAUAUUAACUACUGUUUGUAUUUAUUGUUUACUGCUAUGUUAAUGCAGGGAACAUUUGCAUGUAUAUUAUUAAAUAUUAGGUAGAAAUCAUACCAUGCUAUUUUGUACAUAUAAAUAUUUUAUUCCUGUUUUUGUGUGUUAUUUUAAUAAAUAAUUACUGUACUCAAUACACUAAAAAUACCACAACAUGACUGUGAAAAUGGCAGUGGUAUUGUCUUCCUGUAAUUAUGAAUAUUUUUGGAUGGAUUGUUAGAAUAUAUGAACUCACUAAUGAAACACAUCUGUAAUAAAUGAGAAAGGGACAUAGGAUUCAUGUAUCAGAGUCUGUUAGGGGGAUAGUGAUUUACCAAUUCUUUGGUCUUUCUAUUUGUCAUUCAUACUAUGAGAUGAAGAUGUAAGUAUAAAGGCAUUUAUAACACUAUACUGCAUUAAUUAAGAUAAUAAGAUCAUGAUUUUUCAUUAACUCAUUUGAUUGAUAUUAUCUCCAUGCAUUUUUUAUUUCUUUUAGUAAUGUAAUUACUUGUUCUAGCAAUCAUUGCUAAACCUCCAGUUUGUAGAAAACCAAGACUUUAUAAAUACAUAAUCAUGAUAUUAUUUUUCAGUGUAUCACUUCUCUAAAAAUACCAUAUGAUUAUAGCUGCCACUCCAUCAGGAGCAAAUUCUUCUGUUAAAAGCUAACAGAUCAAACAUGACCACUUUUUGACACGUGAGAUCAAAGUGUCAAGUUGGUUGAGAUUUUUUGGAAAGCUUUGGAACUGAUGAGCUGCUAGUGGCAGUUCUUUAACCUAUGAUUAUCCAAGCUGAUUUUGAUGCUAAAUUAUCUUAGUGAUCUGAGGGCAGUUUGGUGGAGAUAGAAUCUUGUAUUUAAAAUAGCUUUUUAAAACUUGUUUUGUGUAAUAUACUUGACAACUUCCAUCUUUACGAGUUAUAUAAUCAUCUCGAUUUUAGCUUCCUGAUGUUUGGACUAUUUCUAACCAAGGACACCAAGCAAGCAUAAGCAUAUCUAUAUUUCUUACUGGUGUCUUUUUGAGAUUGAUGGGAAGUAGAAAAAAAAAAACAAGAAAGGAAGAGAGGAGAGAAAAAGGCAAGGAUCUUCACUAUGUAUAUUUUCACUUUGAGCUGUUGUGCCCAUGCUUAAUUCUAACCUAGAAGUCUUUAAGUGGUGAGCCAGUGACUGGAGCAUGCCAAUCAGAGAGUAUUUGUUUUC